ACUGCCACCACCACCACCACCACCACUAAAACACAGUACAGUUAUUGCAGUAGUCUAAUGUAUCAUCUAUACUGGACAUCACUUUAACAACACAGUGUAUGUAGCUAGAGAAGUCAACACCCUCUUUUAAAGAAUUGAGUAUUACACCUUCCUUUAAGGAACCCUAAAAUUUAAGGAUCUGUACACCUUCUCAAAGGGAUUGUACCUUUAACUACUGGAACACAUAACCUCAACUCAUUGAGCCCUCAACAUGGCAGAAAAGAUGUGGGAUAAUUUACUCCAAUGUAUAUUUUUACAGGUUUUGUUACUAUUUCCAUUAAUAUCUGCUCAAGUUCCCUUAAUAUUUAAUCGUUGCCGUCUCAGUUCAGAAUGUCCACUGCAUUCAACUUGCAUGGCCAGAUCAUGUGAUGGCUACAUUUGCAUAUGUGACUCUGGCUUCAGACAUUCUUUUGACAGGACAAGAUGUGUUCCAGCUUCCAACAUCCUUGAGAAAUGUGACUUUUCUGACAAUUGCCCCCCAACAUUCUCUGUUUGUUUGUUUCGUCAAUGUGUUUGCCGUGAUGGACUGGAAGCCACAGAGAACAAAACAUGUAGGGGAAGAGCAGAGAGAGCACUUGGAUACAGGUGUAAUAUUGAGAAUGGCUGUACCUACCCAAAUCUUCAAUGUGUGAGUGGCAUUUGUCAGUGCAGAGCAGGCUAUAGAAAGAAAACUGACAUUGAAAUACAGGCUUUGCCUUAUGAUAUGUUUGAGUGUAUUACAACAAACUACAAUCUGAAUGAAUGUAACCAAAUUCCUUUACCAGCCAUUCCUGGGUUAACCUCAACAGUUUCUCCUGUUUCUCAGUCAACAGUACAAAAUAAUUCAGUUUCUCGUGGUGUCCCUGUCCCACGGUCACCUAAUCGGAAAACUAUUCCAAAUAACACUUUUAUAACUCGUUUGUAUGGAAACUGUACUACACAUAAAGAAUGUCCUGAAUUUGCAGAAUGUAGGCCAUUAGCAUGUGAAGGCUAUGUCUGUAUAUGUAUUGAAGACUUUGUGCCAGCCAGAAAUUCUACAGUUUGUAUUAAAAAAUCAAGACUUUCCGAAAUAUGUGAAGUUGACGAGCAAUGCCCAGGAGAAUUUUCGUUUUGCACAAAUGGUCUCUGCACAUGCACAGCAGGUCUGGAAACAAUUGAUAAUAUCCAUUGCAGUGUUCCAGGAACAUCACUGCAUGGUUACCAAUGCAAUAGUACAAUAGUCUGUGCCAUUCCAGAUACAAGUUGUAGGAAUGGGGUUUGUUCCUGCAUCUCAGGUUUACGUCCCAAAACAAUUGAAGAGUUUGCUGCAUACCCAAAUGAAAUUUGGAGCUGCAUUGAAGAAGGGUUUUCUUUGAAUGAAUGCAAUCAUGUGGUGAUUCCAAUACCAAAACAAUUAAAUGGUUCACAACAUCAGACUUUUGGCAAUACAAGUCUUGAAGAUAGAUGUUACAGCAAUGACGAUUGUCCUUUCCAUGCUGACUGCCAACCUCGAAGUUGCGAUCUUUUCAUUUGUAUCUGUUCUGAAGGAUAUAGACAAUCACCUGAUAGGUCAAGAUGUGUAAAACUGUCCAAGCUUGGAGAGUCAUGUAAUAGUGACCUAAACUGUCCAAAUGAAUUUGCAGAGUGUACUUCUGGACAGUGUGUGUGCAAAGAGAAUUUUUCACCAGUCUCAGACAUGUAUUGCAAGUAUGCCGGAACUGUUGUUUAUGGAGAUGCUUGCAAUGCCACUAAUUCUUGUACUUACCCAGAUACUGAAUGUAAUAAUCGCUCAUGUCAGUGCCAAGAAAACUUCCGAGAGAAAACUGCCCAAGAAAGUCGUUCUUUUCCCGAGUUGAUGUUUAGUUGCAUCAAGAAGAAUUUUUCAUUAAAUAUGUGCCAAGGAAUUCCAGUCACAAACUUGUCUCAGUCACAAACGGAAGAAGUUAGCAGUGUGGUGUUCAGCAGAUUUAAACGUGAUGUCCCUACCAUCCAACAGAAAGUUAAAAUUUAUGAAAACUGCAGCGAAGAUACAGAUUGCCCAGAAGAUGCAUCAUGUGUUGCACACAAAUGCAAUGAUUACAGAUGUGUGUGUAGUACAGGUUACCAACCAUCAACUGAUAAGAAUACUUGCAUACGAGUGGCCCAAAUCGGUCAGCCAUGUAAUAGGACUGUGAAGUGUGAUCCAUCUAUAGCCGAAUGUAGACCAAGUGGAAAGUGUGACUGCAAAUUUCCUCUAUUGCUUCAGAAUAACUACUGCGCUCUUCCAAAUAAGUUACUCUUAGGAGAAAACUGCACCUAUUCUAACCAAUGUGAUGUAAGUCACAGACUUUAUUGCUUUGAGAGUUCCUGCCAGUGCUUGCCUGGAUUAAUCUCAGCACCUGAGAUAGAGAAAGAUUUUGUCUUCAACCAUAUGUGCCUUCCACAAAAUAAUUCUUUUGACCCAUGCAGCAAUGCUUCCUCAACAGAAGAACUGUUUGAGCCAACAAGAAUUACAUAUUCAAAGUCAAAUUAUAGUGAAUUAACAGGCUGGCGUAAUGCCUCAAAGUUAAAUUAUACUGAAUUCUCACAUUGGGUUAAUACCUCAAAAUUAAAUAAUAACAAUGAUAAUGAUGAUAGUAAUGAUGAUGAUAAUAACAAUAAUGAUGAUGAUAAUGGUGAUGAUGAUGAUAACGAUGAUGAUAAUAAUAAUAAUGAUAGCAUUAAUAACAGCACAAAUAAAGAAUCUUCAAUACAAAUUGAAAGUUUACUGGAAUAUGAUGAAAAUAUCACUAUGGAAAUAGCAGAUAUACAAGUAUCAACACAAAAUAUUGGAUCAAACUGCACAACAGACAUUCAUUGUUCCAGCAACAGUGUUUGUACUCAGAAUUCUUGUGGCAUAUACUUGUGUACAUGUCGUAAAGGUUUCUUUGAGAUAGAAGGGCUUUGUAGAAAAGUUGCUGGCAUUGGAAGAGAGUGCAAUAGCACAACAGUUUGCUACCCUUCCUCAACAGAAUGUAAACCCAGACAGCGCUGUGGCUGCAAGUUCCCAUUUGUGUUGAAAAAUGGCUUUUGUGUGUUACCUGGAAAAUCACUUGUAAAUGAACAGUGCACCACUACUGCUGAUUGUGCAGCUGAACAGCAUCUGAAGUGUAAGGAUGGCAUAUGUCAGUGCAUGCCAGAAUUUAUUUUGGUUUCUGUUAAGGAUUUCAGCCAGUUACCAGGAGAGAUGUGCAUUCCAGUCAACUCACAUGCUGAAACCUGUAAUGGCUCUAACUCAGAUUCAUCUACUUCAAGCAAUACAAACCUGUUGGCUUCCUCAAGUGUUGGAUUUGUAGGUCACUGCAAUGAUGGUUCUUCAGGAGAAUCAUGUAUCAACAGAGCUGUUGAUGAUCUCACAGAAGGGAAUAAGUUACUUGAUCAUGUACUUGCACCAAUUGCUGCUGCAGUUUUAAUUCUGCUUCUUUUCAUUGCAAUAAUGGUUUAUUCCAGAAAAAAAUGCAAUUUGUUUUAUUUCCCCAGUUCUCGCUCGAACAUUGAGAGACGAAAUCCUUCACGAUUAUGAAAUGAAAUCUUUGCUACAUCGAUGGGGAGGAUAAAAUGUAAUAAAAGAGAAAUAGAGAGAGAAACAAACUUCAAGAUGUUUGACUUGAAUUAUAUAGCAGGACUGAAGAUAUGGUACAGAAUGAUUAGAGGAUGGGUUUUAAUAGCAGCUAAUUACCGAUGUCAUCCUUGCCUCAUUAACAAGAUUGAUUUGAGCUGGAUUCUGUUAUGAACAUAACUGUUGAGAGAUUAAUGGUUUCAGUGGAUAUUGUUAUUUCUCCAGUUGCUAUAUCUAACCAUACUGUUUCUUCCCCAUUAUAAUUUGUUUGUAUUAUACCAAUAGCAUCCCUACAUUCAUAUGUGUUAACAUUAGACUAACACUCCCCAACCAACACUCUUACAGCUUCUUUGGAAACUGCUGCUACCAUUCAAACAAAACGAUAAAUAAAGCUUCAUUGGAAAAAAAAAAA